AUGGCACAAAAUCCGUUUUCUGAUCCAGUGACGCAUAAUGCUUGGCAACAACAAGAAUCGAGUGGACCAAAAUAUGGAAACGCUUACGAAGAAGAUGAAAUGAAUGCAUGGCAAGGUGGUGGAUGGAAUCCACAAGAGAAAACAGAAGCACAUCCUAUGGAAACCUAUUAUUCAGCUGAUCCUGCUGCUGCUGCUUCUUCACAAUCACCGGGCUACUAUCAACAACACCACCAACAACAACCUCCAGCAGGAGAUGCAUAUCAACAUGAUGGCUCUGGUGGAUUCGCACAUCAACCUAUGGAUGCCUACCAAUUUGCAGGGACUCGUUAUGCUAAUCAAGCAGAUGAUCAUGCAGCGUCAUCACCAUCUACUGCCACUGCAGGUGGUGAUAGCGGAAAGCAUUUGAGUUCGUAUUCACGCGUUGCUACCCAUGAACGUGCAACGAAGCAAACUGGCGGGAAUGCGCAUGAUGGAGCAAGUGCUACAGCCGUAGCACACACUGGUCGUCCUUCUGUGAAAAGAUUGGGUAUACGAGUAGCCCAAUUGGUGGCUGCUGUAGGCCAUCUUGGAUUUGCUGCUGGUGCAUCCCCUUUUUCUAAUCACGAUGUUCCAUUCUCUGACAAAUCUUGCUUUUAUUUCUUAUGGGCGGUGGCUAUUCUAUCCAUGAUAUGGAGCUUUAUCAAUAUUGGUGUCUAUGGUUAUCGACUUGUAGCGCAUGGUCAAAAGUUGCGGCGUCCUAUUUUGAUAGCUAUCGAUGGCGUUAUGACUGUAUUCUGGGGUGUGGGUACUAUAGUUGAAAUUGCAAAGUUCAAGUGUCCACCGGGUGGAUUUGACAAGUGGUGUGAUUUCUACAAUGUCAGCAUCUUUUUCGGUAUGCUGAACUUUGUCAUGUAUCUCCUCACUCUCUUAUGGGACUUUUAUGGUGCCGUGAAACGACGAUAA